AUGUUGAUGAAAGCGGGCUCGCAUGCCGGCUGCAGCAGCAGCAACUCCCCCGAUUCGGCUGCUGCAGCUGUGCUCAUGCAGUGUUCCCAUAUGCGUGAGCAAGGGGGGCGACUGCGUGAGGAUCGUUGGAGGAUGAUGGGUGCUGCACACAUGAUGGAUUGGGAGGAGCAGCUGUGGACACACACGUCCAUGGUCAUGGUGGGCACAUCCAAUCACAGCGACGCAGCUAUGCGCAGCUCCGCUGCCACCGUCAUCACCCUAUCACCAUCGACGGCACAGCCGCCAUCACACUCCGGCCGACACCAGCUCCAAUCUGGCGUGAUGCAGACAUUGCACAUGUCACUCGCUCUCACGAAGAGCGUUGAGGAGGCGCAUGAAGCGGUGGAACCAACGACGAUGACGAUGACGAGUGCUGGAGGACCACGAAUCCGUCUUCAUCCAACCGACCAAGCAAGCAGCCGAGCGAGCGAGCAAAGGACACGGCGUGGCAAGGGGCCGUUUGUUUUCACCGUUUCCACCAUCAACACCAGCAGCAGCAACAGCCGAUGUCUGGCUGCAUUGUGGAUGAACUGGCCCUCUGUCUCUCGUCCAUCUCCACCUUCUCCUCGUCGUCGUCGUCAUUGGUCACCAACAGCAGCGGCUGCGGCCAUGGAUGGUGUGAUGUGCGUCGAUAUGUUGUUGCCUUGCGUGACGACGCUGCUGCUGGUGGUGAGACGGUGGCCGUUCUCUUCCCAAGCCCUCAUGACACGAGCAGGGCGAUACACGCACACACAAAUGUGCGAGAAAAGAAGACACCAGCCUUUCCCAUGCGAUAUGGAGCUGUUGAGGCAUGAUCGAGACAGCUGCCAACACAGGCGAGCUCGCUGUUGUUGCUGGUGGUGCUGCUGUGAUGAUGGCCGUGCGUGCGCGUGUGCGCUGUGCACCGUGUUUGGGGCUACACGGAUGAAGACAAGGAAUGACACGACCCGUGCCCACCACUCUUCCCCCUUCAUCUCCUCUUUCUGCUCCAUCAGCGAUGAUGAUGGUGGCCGUGGCACGUGA